AUGCUGGCGUCGAAACCCCAGUACGCUACCUUAGGCCCGUCCAGUGCCCACGGCGCUCAAAGCUCGGCCAGCUCGUUCUAUUCCAGUUCGCAGCGUCCUACGACCGCUACGAAGGCACCGGAAGGGUUCGGCUACAGCAGUCCUACCAAGUCUGAAUUGUCAGAUAUGCCGGACGACUUGACAACGGUUCGGGAGUGGAGUGAGAAGCAGGUGAUUUCAUGGCUGCAUAGCAUCAAGUGCGGCCAGUAUGAGGCGAUCUUCAAGGCCAACAAUUUCAAUGGGAACAAUCUCAUCGAAUGCGAUCAGAAAAUCUUGCAGGAAAUGGGGAUCAAAAAGGUCGGCGACCGCGUCCGCAUCUUUGUUGCUAUCAAGCAGCUGCGAAAUCACGCGGUGAUCAACCCGCGACAAAAGAACAUGGACACAUUGGCUGCGCUGGAAGCAGCCGCUGUUCCCUCGGACCACUCGGGUGCCUCCUCUGUCCGGCUUCAAAACAGGCGAAUGUCUCGACUGAUGGAGGAUGAAAUUGGGUACUUGAGCAAGUCCUCGGCGCAGCAGACGCAGUCGGCAUCGCCUCCUUUCAGUGACUGGCGUAAGGAUACCUACUCCAAUCAACCAACCUCGGGUGGCAGUUCAACGUCUGGUCGCAACCCAAGCAUACCCAGUGAUGCAGCUCGCAGCGCGGCACAUCCUCGCCAGCCCAGUAUUGAUGGGUUAACGAUGGGGCCUCUGCCGCCAAAUUCCCCGGUGAUUCGGGUCAUCUAUACCGGAGGACAAACUAAGGUCCUCGACAUCAGACACUGCAAAACACCUGAUGAGGUGAUAAUAUGUGUCCUGAAGAAAUUGCAACUCCCAGAGCACCAGUACCGAAACUACUGCUUUUAUGUCCUUGACGGGCUGGAGCCAGACCUAUCGAAUUGUAGGCGUCUGACGGAGACGGAGCUCAUGGAGAUCUGCGAGGGUCACAAUAAAUCCGAGCGUGGUCGUUUGAUCUUGCGCAAGAUCCACGCGGGUGAACCUGAUGUGGAUGAGCUUCGCCGAGCAUCGCAGCUUGCAUUUGACGAAAGCCAAGUCACGCACCAAAACGCUCUCAACAAGUCGAAUCCUCGACAGAAGAAUAAAAUCCAGCAGCUGACUGGCGAGUCGUGGAAUGUCAUCAAUACCAAGCAGCCGCUCUCUCCAGCGGGUCCUCGUCAUCGUCCAGCAACAUCGCCAGAUGACGCAGAUCAGACAAUAGACGAUGCCGAUCGGAAUCAUGUCGCGACCAAGCUGAGAUCCUUCUUCGGCCAAAGACCACCCAGCGAGAUGAUCAUUCACGAGCUUCAAUCGUUCUUCCCCAGUCACGAUCGAGAGGACAUUGCCAAAACAAUGCGAAGAUCACAACGUCUGAGCCGCGCCGCAAGUCGCCUGAGUGUCGUCAGCAACUACAGCGUUGCGUCGAGUCUCAAAGACGCGCCUCCACUCCCACCAUUGCCUCAUAUUCCUCCAAUGCCCAACAUUGCCGAUUCUUGGUAUCAGUCGCAUGGAGGAGCACAGGCAGUUCGCGCCUCGCGACCUUUAUCAAUACACAGGUUCAACCUGCCCCAGGCCUCAUAUCGAGAUUCCAUUGCGUCAAGUUCGCUACAGCCAUUGCAAGAAGAGUCCCCCAUCGAACCGAACCGAAAAUCUUUCGUUUCGUUUGACAGCGGCUCCGAUGAGCCCAACCUUUCACGGCAGAGCAUGAUUGACGAAAGCUCUAGCGUAAUCGCUACAGAUGGCGGAUCAUCUAACGAGCGAUUAAGCGUACUGGUUGCCGAAGACGGCGAGGAAGACGACACAACUCUCAUGGACGACUUCCUGGCCGGUAACAAUUUCGCUCCCAAGAAUUGGAUGAAGGGUUCGCUUAUCGGCGAGGGUUCGUUCGGCAGUGUCUUCCUUGCCCUCCACGCCAUCACUGGUGAACUCAUGGCUGUCAAGCAGGUCGAGAUCCCAUCAGCAACCAAGGGCACAGAGUUUGAUCAACGCAAAAAUAACAUGGUUACCGCGCUGAAGCAUGAGAUUGAGCUCCUUCAAGGAAUGCACCACCCGAAUAUUGUACAAUAUCUCGGGACUUCCACAGACGACCAAUUCCUGAACAUUUUCCUGGAAUAUGUGCCGGGUGGAUCGAUCGCCACCAUGUUGAAACAGUACAACACCUUCCAGGAGCCGCUUAUCAAGAACUUUGUCCGACAGAUCCUGGCAGGUCUUUCCUACCUUCACAGCCAAGAUAUCAUCCACCGUGACAUCAAGGGCGCAAACAUCCUUGUUGACAACAAGGGUGGCGUCAAAAUUUCCGAUUUUGGCAUCUCGAAACGAGUUGAAGCCUCCACGGUCCUGGGCUCUCGGGCUAGCAGCGGCGGAGGCGGCCAUUUGCACCGUCCAUCACUACAAGGUAGCGUCUACUGGAUGGCUCCCGAAGUCGUCCGCCAAACAGCCCACACCAAAAAGGCCGAUAUCUGGAGUCUGGGCUGUCUCGUCGUGGAGAUGUUCAUUGGCGCUCAUCCGUUCCCAGAUUGUAGCCAAUUGCAAGCUAUUUUCGCAAUUGGGAGCAAUCAGGCUCGUCCACCUGCGCCGGAACAUGCUAGCCCCGAGGCUGUUGAGUUCCUAGACAUGACCUUCCAACUUGACUACGAAAAGCGACCCACUGCGGACGAACUACUAAAGUGCCAGUUCCUAGCAACGCCCAUUCCUUAA